ACAUAUGCAGUAAUGUCACCUCAAAGAAGAGUUAAGAAAUCCCAGGCACAGAAGAGGACUUCACAAGGUAGUAAUAGUUUUCAAACCACGCUCUCAGCCUGGAAAGUAAAUCAGGAUACAAGUCGCUCAAAGAGCAUCUCAAACUAUAGACAAAAUAGUCCAAUGGAAGAUUAUAAACAUGCUGAUGAUCAAGCAGAAGAUGCUCUGAAAACAGCAAUGGAACACUUUGAGAAAGAUCUUAUUAAAAUUUCACAAAGUAAAAAUAAAACCUUGGAAAAAUACUUGAAAACUGUGGAAAAUGUGGCUUGCACGAAUGGGUUAGCUCCGGAAGGAAUUGACUUUCUAUUAAAUGCAGCACUCAGUGGCAAAUUUGGAAAUGCUGUAAAUACACGGCUAUUGAAGUGCAUGAUUCCAGCAACUCUACUAUCAGAAGAUCUGUGGUUAAGGCAGUCUCCUGGCUUUGUGUUGGCAAGUGUUCUGGUAGUACCAAGAUACCUUUUUAUAGUUGGAUGGUUGCAAUGUUUCACUUUUUUGAUCACAAGGAGCAAAUUAACUUGCUCUACAGCUUCUUUUUUGCUUCACUGCAAGAUGAAGCCCUGUGCUCUUAUGUCUGCCAUUUGUUGUGUUUACUUACCAAAAAACAGAAUGUCAAAGCAUUUCACGUGAGAAAACUACUUGAUCUUCAAGCCAAAAUGGGAAUGCAGCCUCAUCUCCAGGCUUUGUUGUUGUUGUAUAAGUUCUUUGCUCCUACCCUGAUUUCUGUAUCUUUGCCUGUAAGAAGGAAGAUCUAUUUUAAGAAUUCAGAGAAUCUUUGGAAGAUGGCUCUGGUUGCUGUAAGGCAAAGAAACCAGCGACCUUCUCCAGAACCUCUAAAGCAGAUGUUAGGUCCAACUAAUGUUCAUCCUCUAAAAGAAAGAUGGAAUUCACACCCAGUAAUACCAGUGCUCAAUUCUAAUAACUACACUAAAGAAUGUGGAAGAAAAGAGAUUAAUCUUUCUGACUGUUUGGGUAGCAAUGGAUCAUUUCCACUAGAACAACUGCAAAGCUUUCCUCAGCUCUUAAAGAACAUUCAUUGCUUAGAGCUGCCUUCUCAGAUGGGCUCAGUGCUAAACAACUCUCUGCUGCUUCACUAUAUUAAUUGUGUCAGAGAUGAGUCAGUUUCACUGAGACUCUAUUACUGGUUGAGUCAAACAUUACAAGAAAAAUGCAUUUGGUACAAAGCAAAUAAUUAUGGACAUGGAAAAGAAUUUGCCAACUUCGUGGAUACUAUCAUCAGGGCAGGGUGCUUCUUACAAGAGGGAUUUUAUUCCUGUGAAGCAUUCCUGUAUAAGAGUGUUCCUCUCUGGGAUGGCCACUGUUUCAGUCACAGUUCUUUCAGCUUCUGAGCUGGAUUCCUUUUAGUAGUUUCUCUGAGGUGAAACCACUUCUUUUUGACCAUCUAGCACAACUCUUCUUUACAUCAACCAUUUAUUUCAAGUGUAGUGUUCUUCAGAGUCUAAAAGAGCUUACUGCAGAAUUGGUUAUUGUGGCUUUCAAGGGAUAUACAUGUGAAACCUAUGAUGAACAGCCCUC